ACAAACUACUCGCCAAUUGCCGCUUGUACACCCACUUCUUCCACCUCUCCCUCCUAUCUCUCUCUCAAAAUCCUCUCACUCCUCUCCACCACUCAUCUUCAGAAAACCCAGUUCAAACCACACUUUAACUACUUUCUCUAAACCAGACUUAUCUCUAACCUCCAACCUUUCCCCCUCUACACACCCACAACAAAAAACUCAUCAUUUCCCAACAAAAAGAAGUAACGAAAAUGUCAGGUGGGGUUGGUCCAAUCAGCGACAUCCGUCUCCCAAAAGAAGAGGAGGAAGAAGAAGUGGAACACAAACAACACGAAGACUUCAAAACCCUCCUCUCCAAGAAACAGAGCACCGCAGGCGGCGGCGGCGGUUACUUCACCUUCCGCCAGCUCAACGCCCUCGCCGCCACCGUCGUCCUCGCCGCCAGCGGCAUGGUCGGCGUCGAGGACUUCGCCUUUGUACUCUUCUCUCUCGUCUACAUUCACCUGAUUUCUAGGAUCGCGUUCCCGAUUCUAUCUCCUAAUGCCGAAUCCCCUGUUUUUGCCUCGAAUAAUAAAAUUCUUGGCAUCUAUGUAUCGGUCGGAGCACUGGUCGGGCUUUUUCUUCCGAUUGUUUACAUCUUUGAAGGCAUUUUCGAAGGGGACAAAGAAGGCAUCAAAGCUGCGGCACCCCACGUUUUCCUCUUGGCAAGUCAAGUAUUCAUGGAAGGGCUGACAUUUUCGGGGCGGUUUUCAAUCCCGGUCCGGGCUUUCGUCCCGGUUUUCUACAACUCGCGGAGGAUAUUCACAAUUGCAGAGUGGCUGAGGGCUGAGAUUUCAAAGGUGGAUGAACAACACAGUGGAGGAGAGUGGAGACUGUAUGUGGGAAGAGGGCUUGCCAUUGCUAAUUUGGCCUUUUGGUCCUUCAACCUGUUUGGGUUUUUGUUGCCAGUGUAUCUUCCCAAGGCCUUCAAGAAGUACUACUCUGAAGGGUACAAGGGUAAAGAGUGACAACAUAUUACAACUCCAAGUUGUGAUCUUAUGUAUUUUUUAUUUUUAUUUUUUAUGUUUUCCCUUUUUUUAUAAAAGAAAAAGUUUGUUUCCUUGGUGCAAGCAAACUGUAAGAUUUUCAGUGUUGGUUUAGAAGGAAUUAGUACAAUAAUUUGGCUUCCAUUGAGGCAAACCAAGAUGUUGCUUUGGAGUUGGAAUAUUUUAGGUCAAUCAAACACUGAAUGAUAAUGGCUUUGAGUUGUACCGUUCCCCUA